GCGUAGAGUCGGGCGAAAGGGAAAAUAGUCGGGCGAACACUUUUUUUCUCCCCCAUUUAGAGGCAGGUUUUUUGACACGGCGGUCGUUCGAUCGACUUCCAUUUGUCUCCGAGCAUUCCGUCGACUAACGUCCCAAACAUACUAUUACACGUUGCCACCGGUGCAAAGCCGAAUAUCUCGCGAUGAUGCGCGUCGAUCGCUUCCCUCUGACCUGAUCGAGUUACGUGUACGGUCAAUACACUCGUUACAAACUUACUUCAAUUUCUUCUCAGUGAUUUUCGAGCAACCUUUUUCGUUUUGAACUUGCGGACGUGCAAAACGUAAUCAACGAAUGGAUUGAUUCGAUAGUUCGAUAGUUGAAUGUUCCUUUGCUAUACGUUUGAUACAGAGUAAAACGUGAUCCUUGUGAUUGAUUCUGAUAAUUUGUGUGCGCUGAAAGCGAGGAGGAACCACGACAAGACAGGUGGACUGAAAUGAUACAUUGGAUCGGGUUCGUCUAAGAAGUUGCAAGAAUGGUACGAAGAUUUUCGUGGUGUACGGUGGUGGCAUUGGUGGUGCUGCUUUUCGUCACAACCGAUGGUCUUCGUGAGCAUAGUACUCAGAUCGAUGAUCAUAAAGCUACAAAUCGUGGCACUUUGAGAUUCAAUUCCAAAUCACUGGAGGAAGCAACCACAAUAUCAUCUUCGUCGCUAUCGAGAUCCAAAACGAAAUGGGACAGAUCAGCGCAAUCGAAAACGAUCCAAGCUUCUGUGAUCAAUUCAGAACCAAAGUUCGACACGAACGAACAUUCGACCGUUAGAACGAUCAGAACGACGGAAAGGGGAACUGUUUCAACAGCAACAGAUGUCACAAGCGAGUCGAGAAGAACUUCAGGAAAAAGAUUCGAAGAAACUAAAAGAGUAGAGCCAACGAUUAACAGACGAGACGGCAAAAGAUAUUUUUCUGAAAGCAACAAAGGAACAAAGUUAAAAAAUAAUGAACAAAAAUUCGAAACGUCCAAAGGGAUUUCUCGAAGAACGUCCAAUGGAGGAGCGAAUAAUUCAACUGUCACUGAGAAAUUGGACAACAAAGGACCAUCCGUGUUCCUGGCAACCACAGAGUCUUCGAGGUCUAGAACCGGAAGAAAGAUUCAAACGACUUAUUCGAUGAAAGAUCUAAAGACACAAAUCCCUACAUCUAGAAGGUACAACAAUAAGAAAUUUAGAGACGUUGAAACCACUACAGCUUCGUUUAGAAGAGAAAGUAGAGGUAGAUCGACUACAGAGAAGAUUGAAAGGAGUACCAGAUCUGGUAGAUCGAAGGUGAACAAUGCGGAGAAUAAUUCUAUUGCUCGAAGAGGUCCAGAUCCUCUUUUAUCAGAAUCCGAAAGUGUAAGAGUCGAUAUUCCCCUCACUGUAGGUGAAACAGGAAAUCCAGCUCCGGAUGUAACCACUGGAUUUGAUGUGGCUUUUCAGAGAAGAUCGGACGCUAAGGAGUCAUCCAGAUCAAGUCGGACAGGAUUCGAAAGAUCGAAAAGUCGUGGACGGUCGAACGACUCCGAGGCUUCUGGAUCAUCCAGAUCUGCUUCUCCAAGAGGAUCUUCAAAGUUCAGCGAUUCUACGACGACAGAAGCUAACGAACAGAUUGUUAGUUCGAGAAGGAAUACGGUUUCCAGAGAUCGUUCCAGAGGUUCUGAGAUCAAGAAGAAUUCUGUGAACGAGUCUAGAUCAAGGUCUAGAAAUAGAAAUGUGGAAAAUAAUAUGAAACCUAUUUCGGGCGGUGCUUCAGAAAGGAAUGUGAAGCGGAAGGUGGCUGGAGAGAGAAACUCCUCGGAUAGGAGACCGAGAAUUCCCGAUGUUACUCCAAGAGUUAUCGACAGUCGUAGACAGGAUACUCAGGAUAUGCGUGGAAGAUCGAGAAGCAAGUCGAGAUCGGAUGUUACCACACCUAUUAUUAUGGAUGUUACCACAACUGUUGCGCCAGAUACAACAGUUUUUACCGACGUAACAGCCACCGAUUCUGAGAUAACAAGUACGACCAUAAGAUUAGCGACUACUCCAAGUCCAAGAGCAACAUCAAGACCAUUAUCGACUUCUGCUUCAACCCUCGAAGCAUCAGGGCGAGGUAGAGGAAGAGGCAGAAGCGGAAGUCACGGUAGAAAACAGAAAGAGGAUUUCUUCAAUCACGGACUAGGUUUCAGGGGUCGAAAAACCUCGCCUGAAGGAUCUACAAACGUGACAGAGUCUAGGAAAACUGUUUCGUGGAAAAACGAUUCCCAGUCGCAUGGAAAUCCAGGCUGGACGCUCAGGAGGCGACCAGCUCAUUUUAACUCUGAAAAUAUUUCAAGGACGAUCGUGCCUUCGCCAAGGGAUCAGACGAACGAAGUGGUACCAUCCAACGAACAAUCGACUAGCACCGAAGCUACAACGACUAUCGAAAGUUCCACGUUUGGCACGAAAAGAGGCCUCAAGAAGCUGCAAACGACGGACGAGAGUUCCACGGUGGUUGAAACCACGACCAAGAGCUACAGAAGAGGCAACAAGACCUUUGGAAAUGGCAAGGUGAUCGCGGCGCUUGAAGAAAGUGAUAAUUACCCGCCUGAGUUUAAGGCGAGGUUAACUCAGUUGAAGAAUACCAACACGAAAAUACCAGCCUCAAAAACCACCUCUAGAACGCCAUUGGAGGAACAAGAGAGGAAUAUCUAUGGUCGACGCUCGAGGAACAAGUCGAUGGCGUUCGAGCCUGACGACCUCGAAACCGCAGCUUCAGCAAAUGUUUUGACGGAUGAAACUUUAGUCGUGAAUCCCUUAACGUUGAUAAAUGGCACAGGAUUGCGACGCGUGAAAAAAUCGUCAGCCGCUCUGUUCGCUGAAAGAUCAAGGAUGAAACUGGAGCUGGCUAGGAGGUUAGUGAAGCCAGAGUUGAACAUCGAGGAGAAUGAUCUCGACGCAACCACGGCCUCCUCUUUCAGCAAACGGAAACCAACCGGCGUGCCGGUGGUCGAUGAGACGAGCAAGGUCGCCAAAUACUCUAAACCCGCUGCCGCAGCACCGGGACGCAACAGGCCUUCCACUUCCGUAGAAAGCACUCAGGAAGAGGUCAGCGUGAAAACCUUGAAACUUCCUAGUUCGAGGAAAGCUCACGACGAUUCUUCAAAGGUCACCGGCAGACCGUAUAGUUUAAAGAAGGGGCGGGUCAUUGCGGAGCGAAUGGUCACUUCGAUCUCGAUCGAAGAGAGAGCCAUUGCUGAGGAAACGACCAGACCGUACGCGCUAACCACGAACCCGUCCGUGAUCACCUCCGCUGAACAGGGAUCGGCGACAACCAUCGACUCGACGAGGGUUCGUUUAGCCAGUGAUCGUGGAGGAAAGAAGUCGAAGGAAGAAGAUUCGACGCCAACCAAGAACAUGAAGGUUUCGCUUUACUCCACUCAACGCGUUGAGACUACCGAUCCCGUUACUACCAUCAAACCGAAGAAAUCCUAUAACUAUCAAUCGCGUAAUAAAUUACGACAGCAAUCUGCAACGAUCGAACAAAGUUUCACGACGUCGACACCUAAGAAAUCCUACUCCUCCACGCAGAGCAUAUCGCAAACACCCCAGGAAGAGAACAUUACAAAAAAAUCGAAGUUUGCUACCAGCGCUACCAAGCCCAUUUUUAGACCUCGUUACAGCAAACGAACCAAUGAGAAAUCUUUCGAGAAGAAGACGACGGACGAAGAAGCUAUCUUUACCACGAAACUACCCGUAGCCACCAGCAGAUAUUCGAAGAAGAAAUCUUCGGUAAAAUCUAUCGAUGAUAAAUCGGCGACAACGGAGGGGUUAUCUGCACAGACGAGAAAGAUCGAGUUUCGUCCUAGAACCGCGACCUAUCGAAGACAUUCAGAAAUUCCCACGACUUUAACUGAAUCCAGUACGAAGGUCGAUGGUGUAGGAAUCGCCAUCACACCGAGGUCGACAAAAUACCACGCCACUUUAAAGACCUCCACGGUAUCUCCUCGAUCGGUAGCACAGGGACCACAGGUAAACUUGAAGAUCGCGAACGAGACGGCGCAGGAGACGCCAGGAAUUACCGGCAGCAGCAACGGCGACAGCGGUAACUCGAAUGUCUUCAAUCCGACCAGAAGCACGUUUCUGAGCGGAAACAGUACACUGCUGGAGCAACUGAGAAGUACGGUGGCACCGCUGCUGAGUUCCCUUGGUAACAAGACACCUGUAUUCUCCGGAUCUUACAGUAACGUUAACAACGUGAAUUCACCACCCAGAGUCACCCCCAGUGGACAACCACCCCGCUUUAGUGCGAGAUACAAAGGAGCGGAAUUAUUCGUUAGAAAACAAAAUAAUAUUUAUCAGCCCACCGUGCCAUCGAUUACUAGUUCGUCGACUACACCAAUUACACCCGUAGAGAACUCUGGUUCGGCCCCACCAAUCGAUGUCUCAAGUCCUGGCGAGCCGAGAUUCUUGACCCUUUAUCAGGCAUUGGAGUCGGCCAGCAUCAGGAACGAACAGUUACAGGGAAACGCGAUUGCACAGCUGCAAAAACAACAAGCUGGUAGUGUUUCCCAGGAUACGACAUCAGCAACCGCCCAAGCGACGGCAGGUUCGGGAAUCGGCCAAACGACCGAGAUCACAACUCCUACGAUCCCAGAUACUUCGAUCGCCUCAUCAACGUCCUCAGAAUUUCCCACUUCAUCAAAUCCCGACGUUCCCCUCAUUACAACCACUUCAUCUUCCGUCGAAACGACGACGACGACGACGAUCACGACUGAGACAGCGACGUCGACGAGUACAGGACGCGUUCCUGAGGGGGGGACAUCGACACCUCAAACGACGAGAAUGGACGUCGUCACCGUCACCCCUGUGACGGAAACUACUACGGUCAACAUAGAAGAGAAUCUCGUGUCUACCGAAGUUGGAACAUCGACGACAACUGCUUCGUCGGAAAGUACGACCACAAUGUCAGGAGGUACUACGAACGACUCCACGAAUACAACUUCUGCUCCUACGGAAGCAACGACCGUGUCCAUGCAAGCUACCCCUGGAACGACUGUGCCGACAGCUACUAGCCUUCCACCUAGGCCAGCUUCUCAGAGUUCCACGACGCCUUAUUUAGGUCGCUUCGGCGGCAGCAGAUUGACACCUGCCCCACGUUUCAGCCUAAGCUCGACUACCAGAGCUCCUCUACGAGACUACUUAGUGUACGGAAUCUACCCGAACAAAACGAUCGUGAGAAAGCGGCCAGAGGACAACCUGAUCGAUGCUAGAAACGUGGACAGCCCGUACGUGAUAUUCGGUAUCUUCCCGGACGGCAGGCUGGUUCGAAAAUACCCGAAUGGAACGAUAAUACCGGAUCCACCUAGGAACCCGGUCGAGGUUGUGUUCUCACUUAGCACUUCCACUACCACUAACAGGCCACCACCCAGACCGUAUUAUAACCAGGCUAACCAAGGCACUUACAAUCAAUAUCGAGGCCCGGUGUACAAUAGUAACGAUAGACCUGUCGCUGAACCAAUGAGAAACGUCCAAAGUCCCAGCAUCGUUGAUCUUGGCCUUACUGGUAACGCGAUCGUCGGCCCCAAUGGAGGUGGACCCGAUAAUACGGGGCCACUUGGUACCCCUGCUAGUGUCCCGAGCACCAACGAAAUGAGCAAUGCCCUGCUGAAUACGCAAAUGAGGACAGCGUCGGUGACGCCGAUAGUAAGUACCGGUCGACCGCCGACCGAUUCGCAGGGCGGUCGUAUCGUCCAGGAUCGAGAGAGGGACGAGGCCACCAGGACGAAGGAGGCCGGAGGUCAACGCAGCUCCGUGUACAUCGGACAGGACAAGUUCGUCAAUUAUUGGACCGAUGGGGCUUCCACCUCUAACCCGCGCGUUCUCAGUGUGAAUAUAAAUUCAGUAGCUACUGCUGCAAACGAAGGACCAUCGCCUUCUGUGCCAUCGUUUGAGAAUCUCCUGAACAAUCAACCAGGAGGCCGAGUCACAGCUCCGCCUGGAUUCCCAUGGAGGGAUCCUUUGGACCAAAUUUUUGGUAUUACUACCUCCUCGCCGGUAAUAACAGCUUCAGUGGCAUCAAACAGACUGGACGAUUUGUCAGAACCAAAUGGCCCAGCCUUAGCUCGUCCGAUCAAUCCAUUUGUCGAAGUCUUUACUCCAUUUUCUAAUACGAUUGGAGUUCCAAGAGGUAACAUAGGAUCCAUUCCUCCUCCACCACCACCAACAACGCCUGUUGCAUUUACAACUACACCUACAACUCCUGCACCUAUUACUACUACUACCACCAUUACUACAAUGGCACCAACGACAACUACUACUACCACUACAGUGGCACCAACAACUACUACUACGAUGACACCAACAACAACAACAACUACUACUACGAUGGCACCAACAACAACUACUACUACGAUGGCACCAACAACGACUACUACUACGAUGGCACCAACAACGACUACUACUACGAUGACACCAACAACUACAACUACAACGGCGCCAAGUACAACAAUGACCCCAACAACAGUGGCUACUAUGACGCCAACAACUACCACGAUAGCAACACCUACCAUCACUUCAGAGCCUCCAACAAUUGUUCAAAGGGUGAUGACUGCGUCACAGGCAGGAGCUACUUCUGAAGCAACAACUUCUUCUCAAAUAAAUUCAUUUAAUUUACCAAAACAGCAGAAUGCUUUCGGUACUACGUUCGAUGAUUUGGCCUUCCUGAAUUCGUUGUUACAGAGUAAUUCACGGAGUACCAAUCAGAAGACACUGACACAAGUGGAGCAACUCUUGGCAAAUAAGAUUUUGGAACUGGCACUGAAAAAUCCGGGGCCGACUCGAUCACCAAAAGCUAUCAGUAUCGAAAAUGCUUCGCCAAAUUCGAUUUACAAGUCAGCAAAGACAUCUCUUUCUGAGCCAAUAAUAAUCGAUUUGUCUCCAGCGUCUACAGUUUCAACAUACACGCGGAAAUCAGUAGAAACACAGCAACCAACCAGCCAAAGACCAAUAAUUAGUAGUUUGGCACCCGCGCAAGUGACUUGGAAACCAGUUACAACCACUAGCACCAGAAGAAGCGUGGAAAUAAGCACGGCUUCUCCUUCGACCACGGCUAAAACGACUUUGAUCAGCACCACUAAAGCUCCUGUAACUGUUAACGCUAAACUAGCAACCACUCCUCGACCUAGAACCACCACUCAGGCGCCAUUAGGCUUUGGUGGUCUUCUGUGGCAGGCUCUCCUCGGUGGAGGUUUAUUCGGAUCAUCGACAACUGCGAAGCCCGUAAAAGCUAAAUCGGUGCCAAAAACCACGCAAAAGUCGGUUAAUAAUAUGCCGAAACCAAUCCAAACGAUGCAAAAGUUAGAAAGGACAACAAUUCCCUCUAGUGCGACUCUGAAAAGUAUGGACAUUUCGAAAAUUCAAGUAAACAGUCCACAUUCAAUUGUACAGAAAAAGUCAGUGACCACGCCGUCUACAAUCUCGACCACCGAUCAACCAUUGAUUAAUAAUCCAAAUCCGAGGUUGCCUGGUGUGGUGACAUCGACUUAUUCUCCCGAAGAAGAUGCAAAGUUCAUAGUUGAGCUUCUGCGAGCUGUUGAACAGGAUAAUAAAACUGGUUCCUCGAAGAAAGUAUCAGGAUUAACUCAGGAUGAUCAAUCCUUUUUAAGAGCGAUUUUAAGCGGUCGAGCUUUAACAACAACGACUCCAUCACCGACGGUAGAAGUCAGUAACGCCGCUUUGUUGGCGGCAUUAUUGAAAGCUCAAGGUAUAGAACCACCAACUCCGGCCAAUAAUAUUAGAGAGCAACUCCAGUUAGCCAGUCUCGGGCAGAGCGUCACCUCUGCUCCGACCGCGUCCCCUGCUUCGACAAUUACGACAAGGCCGGCAUCUACUGCUGCAACUCGACCAACGGAUACCACGAAAAAGACGGUGACACCGAGACCAACCUCAGGACCAAGGAUACGCACUACAACGUGGUCACCAAGCUCUACGUAUCCACCACCUCUCUUCAGCUCUUUCUCCAAUUACGGCACGCCGGCACAGUCAGCCGGUGAUAAUUCUGGAAAUAGCGCAUUAUUUGGUGCUACCAGAGCAUUCAGUCAAUUUCUCGGUGCUGCGAUAAGCGGAGCUGCGCAACAGUUGCAGUCACUGGUCAGAAAUGGUACUAGAAUCGUGUCCGAGGUGGUAGGGUAAAGCUUAUGAAAAGGAAAGAAAUUUAAUAUAAUGUAUAAAAUAAAAUUAAUUCGCUCAUGUGAAAAUUUAGAAUGAUGCAAAUGUGAUAAUUUAGAACGAUCUAUUUUGGAAUACUUUUGCUUCGAGGGAUGCGGUGAUAGCAGUACCUCCAAUAAGUAUGUAUUCACUGUCAAUUUAUUUACAGGUCUUAAAUGUUUACCUGAUGUUGGGAUGAAAUUUGUCAAAUUCUGCUCCGUUAUUUGUAAUUGCAUUAUUUGUAAUAGUUGUAGGUUGGUUAUAUACUUUAAUUUAAUCGAUCUAGCUAAUAGCGAGCAUGACAUUUUAACUGUGACUUAAUUCUUAAAACACGGAGGUUCUUUAACGACCGUUAUCGAAAUUUCUUGCUUUAUCGCGUGUCAAAAUUACUCUUAUCCUGCAUCGUUUCGUUUCUCGGAAAUUUACUUAUAUGCUACAAUUUGAAUGCCUCUAAUGACAAACAAUGAUAUCUAUUCCGUGUUUUAAGCGUCAAAAGUACCUCUCAGCAGAGAGGUCCGACAUCGAAGACGAAAUCAAUACAAAGUUUCGAACGAUGUGAGUCGCGAUGGGAUCGAUCAGUUCCACGCCUUGCAAACGUUUCUCGGGGUAGGGCCGAACGACGCGACAGGGCCCUUUCUCUCUCUCUCUCUCUCUCGACGGAGCCGUACCUCUUUGAAACAUUUGUAACGUUCGUCGCAAUUAAGGUAAUUAAUUGGAGGCGACGCGCCUCGUCACGAUUUGCGAGACAGUGACGAUUCGCGGAGUUUUACGUGUGAAACGCGGAUCGAUUUGCAGGGCCCACCCACAAAGAUCGACUUAACCACGACCUUGUCGACAAUGCUGCUUAAGAAGAAGGUGGUAACUUAAACGUAUAUCUUUGAAUGAGAGCGAGCAUGAGAAAGAGUGUGUGCACGUGUGUGUAUGUAUAUAAAAGAAACAAAAUGUUAGAGAGAGAGAAAGAAAAAGAGAAUAUAAGAGAAUAAGACAAGGGUAUACAGAGAAGCGUGAAGGGAGCAUUGUGUGUACGGUUCGCGAGCACCUUUCGCCGCUGGUGCGUCGCGUUCCUUUUCUCUUUUUUAUAUAAUAAAGCUGGAAGCGUAUGCACGGUGCACGAUCCUUGGGUCUUGUUUGACUUUCGUUCGUACGUAUGGUAGCUCAAUGAUAAUGGUAGCGCUUAGUAAUAAGCUUGGUUACUUAACUACCGCGUUAAGGGUUGAAACGUUGACGGGUAUUUUCCUAUUGGACAUUUAGCGGCAUUGCGUAUUCCACGUAGCAAACGACGUUGUUAUAUUAAUUUUUAUCGCGCGAUAUUCCGUCGAUCGGUCGUAGCAGUUCGAUGGAAUUCCAAUUUUCCUGAGAUCCGUCUCCUUUAUUUCCCGGCUUAGCUGUGUUAGUUAAUCGUAGGACUCACGAAGCCUUGUUUGUAAAUGGAUAAUAUAAUAAUAAAAAUGUUUCGGGAAA